AUGCAACCAGCUCCAAUCAAAGGUGGUGGUGUGGAUGGCUUCGCGGCCAAAGGCGACGGCGACACCCUCGAGACCGGCAGCUACCACCGCGACACCAACCACAAGCCUAUGUUCCCCGGCAUGGCUAUCAAAAUAACAUUGAUGCUUGUAUUAUUCUGCUCAACAAUCCUUAUUGUCAACCAAUCUAAUUAUCCUUUCGAGUUUUUUGGCAGCCAUAAUUCGUUCUCAGAGCCAUCUUGGGAGAAUUCGAACACUGAUUCGUCUUUAGUUCAUCAAUACACGUCUCGUAUCCCGCCUUCUACUCUGGCAAAAGAUGAGAAAAUCGAAUUGGAGAAGACGUUGAGAAGUGCAGUGAUGAAGGACAACAGGACGGUGAUAAUCACGAAUCUAAACGCAGCGUGGACUGAACCAAAUUCCCUGUUCGAUCUAUUUUUGGAGAGCUUCAAGAUCGGAAAUGGAACGGCGCACCUCUUGGAUCACUUAGUGGUCUACGCGUUCGACAAGACGGCGUACGAGCAUUGCAAGGCGGCAGCGCACCUCCACUGCUACGCUGUUACGACGGAGGGCGUGGACUUCUCCGGCGAGGCGUAUUUCAUGAGUGAGGAUUAUCUGAAGAUGACGUGGCGAAAGAUUGAACUAUUGCGCACUGUUCUUCAAUUGGGAUACGACUUCAUUUAUACGGAUGCAGAUGUAAUGUGGUUUAGAAAUCCAUUCAAAAAAUUCUACGCGGAUGGGGAUUUCGAGAUGGCGUGCGACCGAUACACCGCCAACUACCGCAACUUGAGCAACACCGGGAGUACAGGGUUCACGUAUGUGAAAUCCAACAACAGGACCAUCGAGUUAUACAAGUAUUGGUACAAUGCGCGGGAGUAUUUCCCAGGCAUACACGACCAAGACGUGUUCAACAUAAUAAAGGGAAAACCGUUUGUCCACCAAAUCGGGUUAGAGUUCCGUUUCUUGGAUACGGCCUACUUCGGGGGAUAUUGUGAACCCAGCAAGGAUCUGGAUGAGAUGAUCACCAUGCAUGCCAAUUGCUGUGUAGGCAUUCAAAACAAGAUGCAUUUUCUUACCAUGAUCAUCAAUGAUUGGAAAAGGUAUAUGGCAUUGCCAUCUUCAAAUAGGAAUUCCACUACUAGAUCUUGA